CGUCAACCUCAGCCCGACACCACAAAAUAGGAUGACGGACGCGGCAGUUGUGUGGAAGAACUCACCACUCUUUCACUACUUGCAAGACGUGGGAGAAGUUGACGUUGAAGCAGAGGAGCAUGUAAGCAGUUCAUGGGCACACGAGCAGCAACAACAGCAACAACAACAACAGCAGCAGCAGCAGCACAAGAACCAGCACUCGCGCGGGUUCACCGAGGAAUCGUUCCGCUUUGGCGGGGCUCACGAUGCAGAUCGCUCAUUGACGAUUGAGGGUUGGCUGCAAUCAUGGCUACGACGCGCGCGUUCAUACUGGCAAGCAUGGAAGCAGCUUCGAGCACGCAUGCUCGUGCAGCGUGUGGCUUGGUGCAUCACGCGUUCCCCACACUUGCACGACGACGAUGCCCUCUUGCUGCUGCAGAUGGACGAGCAGCUGUUUGACGACAAGGGCUCCCCUGACCACGAGCACCAGCUCGGCGCCACAGCUGGGCGCAAUGGCGGCUUCAGGUGGCCGCUGCUGCUUGGAAGUUUUGGUCGCAGCUGUUGGUACGUGUUGGGCCUCGGUGUCUCUGCCAUACCAGCUACCUACUACACAUGGCAGCUCCUCCGCUCGUCUUCUCCUUUGCCGUCUGGGUGGUCUGGGAUUGGCGUCAACAGUCGGGCGACUCGCCGCAUUCUUGUGGGUGCCGCCGCCGUGCUUGGCUGCACAGCACUCGCCUCGGUUGCCACCACCACUUCAGCCUGCCGCCGACUGCUAGCACGGGCGCCAGAGCACUCGUCCUUGGCUCUUCUGCAGCAGCUGCUCGAAGACCGACAGGCGUUUGUGAUGACCUGCCACCGCGCUCUGUCCUCGCUGCAGCGCAUCGAGCUUCUCCGCCGCGGCUUUGGCCUCGCUGAGCACAUGCCGCCCAUCUCCAGGAUUGAGGCAUGCGACCCCACCGCCGGCACGGCAGACAAUGAUGACAGCAGCAGCAGUAGCAGUAGCAGUGCUGUGGUGGCGUGCGUUGCGCUGCGCCACUGCUUGUGGUUGGCUCUCCUGCACUCCCUCGUGCGCGUGCGCCAACACACCCGCGCCAUCCACGCGUCAUACAGCUUGCACCCGGUUGCCGAUGAGCCAACACGUGUGCUUGCCAGUGAACCGCUCUCUCGCCUCGGAAUCGAUCACGAUGCUACUACGACGCCUUCUCUGUCCGCACUCAAGACGCUGUUUGAUGUCGAAGUCAUGCACUUCUCCGAGCUUUUGCGGCGAGUUGCGCUGCAGUGUUCACCAGCUCUGUGCGUGUCUGCGGUGGAGGCGGCAGAAAAGGUGCAUGCCAUCAUCACACACAGCGACACACUCGCAUAUAUGCAGUCGCUACAGCGUGUCACGCGGGCUGUGGAGCUGAGCCACAACAUGGAGCUCAUAUGGCAGGGCGAACCGCCACAGGACGAAGCGGAGGAACAGGAGCAACAGUGGCGGCAACAGCGCUUGCACAUGCGAUGCCGCACCCACGAAACGGCAGGCAUGCACGUUGAUGAUGUCCGUGGAUACACCGCAUAUGCGCACCUUGCCGCAGACACGACGCUCACCUGCAUGACGGCGGCGGCGCAGGUGAAGCAGUUGCACGACGCAGCCCUGCGGGCGUUCACGGCCGCGCAGUGGGACAGCCGCACUGCCAGGCGCGAGGUGGCCAGGGCCGUGAGCGGAUUGCGUGCAAGCACGGCAAAGCUGGAUGCGCUUGCCGGCCAGCUUGCAUCCAGCGUGGACACGUGGCGCUGGCAGCCACAUGUGGACGGCGGUGACAGAGGUGCAAGAGAUGGUGGUGAUGUGGAAGGCGUUGUUGGCGGCGGCACUGGCGCUGGCACGGGCGCAGCCCAGGGAACGGCGGGCGCGGCGGUCGUUGUCUCUGUUGUAGACGACGCCGGUAACGUGCCGAGCGCAGCGGCAUGUGAGCAGCCGUUUGAUUACUUUGAGGCCGAGGCGCGCGGGCAAUGCGAGGGCGAUGACGACGACGACGACCUGACGGAGGAAGAGCGCACGGCACGGUGGCGGGCCCAGCGGGAGGAGAGACGGCGGCGGUAUGAGCUGGAACGGCAACAGGAGCUGGCCAGGCAACAGCAGCAGCAGACCACCGUGCAGCUGCUCUCGGAACUCUCCACCGUCCUGCAAGCCUUGCCCAAGCGAUAGCGAGGAAUAGCGAGAGAGAGAGAGAGGGGGGGGGGGGAGGAGAAGGUCCAGAGCGGGAGGGAUGGAGGGAGAGAGAAAACGGG